AUGAAGACUUCCUCCAAGAAUAUACUGAUAUUGGCCAGUUUAGCAGGUAUUACAUUUGCUGCUUCGACAUCCCAAGCAAAUGCAAAGACAAGUCCGGAUACUUCAGCUCUUACAGGUACCGCUGCUAAUACUCAGGAAGUUGCGGAAAAUAUAUCUCAACCAAGAAACUCGUUCUUCAUGGCUGUUUCCAUGAUUGGUUUUUCAGAAAUUGGUGAUAAGACAUUUCUAAUCGCUGCCUUGAUGGCAAUGCGUCAUCCAAGAUUCUUGGUGUAUUCUGCGGCUGCUUCAUCUUUGGCUAUUAUGACCAUCUUGUCUGGGAUAGCUGGUCACACAUUUUCGUAUUUCAUUCCUGAACAAAUCACAUCCCUUUUAGCAGGUCUCCUAUUUUUGGUUUUUGGUUAUAAAUUAACCAUGGAAGGUUUGAGUAUGGAGAAAGUUGCUGGUGUCAAUGAAGAAAUGGCUGAAGUGGAAGAAGAAAUUGCUCUUAAUGACAUAGAUCAUUCUUCGAAAGACCUUGAAAAGGGUCCUAUGGAUAAAUUAAGAUCUAAAAAAAAUUGCCUAUUUGUUUGUUUGGAUAAGGUUCAGGAUUUAGCAUCAUAUAUCUUAUCGCCCGUAUUCGUUCAAGUCUUUGCUAUGACUUUCUUAGGUGAGCUUGGUGACCGUUCUCAAAUUAGUAUCAUUGCCUUGGCGUCUAAUAACGAUUAUUGGUAUGCCAUUGCUGGUGCUAUCGUUGGUCAUCUUAUUUGUUCCGGUGUUGCUGUCAUUGGUGGAAGAUAUCUGGCUACUAAGAUUAGUAUGAGAACAAUCACUUUGACCGGUGCAGUUCUAUUCUACUUAUUCGCCUUGAUGUACAUCUAUCAAUGCUUCACAUUUUCUGGAGAACCAACUAAUGUUUAA